AUGGCAUUCACCGGUCGACCAAUUCGCAUUGCAGGGGCAUCGGGUUCUGCUUCGGACCGUCGCCAUGCCAUUGCUGAAUUUGCACGGUAUUACCCGACAGAUCCUGUCGAUGUGAUUAUUGCGGAUUUUAUGAGCGAGUUCAAUAUGGCCACCGCUGCUGGGCGGCGGGUGGACCAGGGAACUGUCGCUGAUGGUGCUGCUGGGGCAUCGCCGGCCUAUGACCUGUCGUUUUUGGAGGCUUUGGAGCCGGCAUUGGAGGAUUUGGCCAAGUAUGGGAUCAAGUUGGCUGUCAAUGCUGGAGUCACGGAUACAAAGGGGCUAUAUGAGGUGGUUAUGAAAAUGGUGCAGGCAAAGGGGUUGGAUUUGAAGGUUGCCUGGGUAUCUGGUGAUGAAGUAUUACCGGCCAUUCAACAGUCCCUUGCGGGUGGAAAGUCAGACUUUCGCAAUAUUUACACGGGCGAGAAACUGGCCGACUGGUCCUUCGAGCCCAUCUAUGCCCAGUGCUAUCUGGGUGGGCUGGGAAUUGCAGCAGCUCUCGCUGAGGGUGCAGAUAUUGUGCUUUGUGGUCGAGUUUCAGACGCUUCCCCCGUUAUCGGUGCAGCAUAUUGGUACCAUGGCUGGCAGCGUCAUGAGCUGGAUAAAUUAGCCAACGCUUUCGUGGCCGGUCAUUUGAUCGAGUGUAGUAAUUAUGUCUGCGGGGGCAACUUUACUGGGUUCAAAGAAUUGGAGCACGGUGGUGACGGAUGGGCUAACAUUGGAUAUCCCAUCGCUGAGAUCUCUGCCGAGGGCGAUGUGGUUAUCACCAAGCAAGCGCAUUCCACUGGUGGUGCUGUCACGGUUGAUACAUGCACCUCGCAGCUGCUAUACGAGAUCCAAGGACCUUGGUACUUCAACUCUGAUGUCACCGCGGUCCUAAAUGGAAUCCAUUUCGAACAGAGGGGCGUCAAUCGAGUGUCCUUACAUGGAGUUCGCUCUGGACCUCCACCACCAACCACCAAGGUAGGCAUCACAGCGCGUGGUGGAUUCCAGGCAGAGGCAUGGUGGUUCUUGACCGGUCUGGAUAUCGAAGCCAAGGCCCACAUGUUGGAAGUGCAGAUCCGUCGGCUCCUCGCCCCAUUCUCGGAUCGUUUCACGUCCUUGAAAUUUGACCUUCUGGGAUCUUCGUUAUCAGAUGCACCUAAUCAAAACCGUGCCACUGCGCCCUUGCGUAUCGUGGUGCAAGCAAAGGGGGCAGAGGACCUGGCACCCACGCGGUUCCUCAAACCCAUCACCGACAAUAUCAUGCAGGGCUAUCCCGGAGCUACCUUCCACUUGGAUUUACGUCAGGGAUUUCCCCGCGCUAUCUUCCAGUAUUACGUGACUUUGCUGCCUCAAAGUGCCGUUCAGCAUCAGGUCCAUCUACCGUGGAAGCCCACGGCCAAGACACGAGUCCUUGAUAUCGCCCCUCCACCGGCGACAAAGACGUACCCGGCUCAACAACCCUCACAGCCAGUCACUAAUAAUGACAAGCCGGUGAAUGUCAAGAACGACUUUGGUCCCACGGUCCGAGGCCCGCUCGGAUGGAUUGUUCAUGCCCGCUCCGGGGACAAAGGGUCAGAUGCAAACUGCGGCUUCUGGGUGCGACACCGCGACGAGUAUUUAUGGUUGCGGUCAUUGCUCUCGGUUGAUACCGCACGCCAGCUCUUGGGAGAUAGUCAGCCUGGGAUGGAGAUUGAUCGAUUCGAGCUACCAGGUCUACAGGCAGUGCAUUUCUUAUUUAAGAACCAUCUGGAUCGCGGGGUUGGGGUCACGACGACGGUGGACUUUUUGGGUAAGAAUGUGGCGGAAUACUUACGGAGCCGACUUGUUGAUCUUCCCGUGCGCUUCUUGAAUCGGGGGAAGCUAUAG